AUGGUUUCUGCAGGAUUUGGAGCAACUAGGAUUUUUUCGUAUAUGAGCGAAGAAGCAGGAGGGCCGCAAAAUCUUAAUUUUACUCAAGAAGAUUGUAAUAAUUUGGUGCAGGCAAAACGUAUUGAUCAUCUAAAAGAAGGUGAUGCGAAAGUUCUUUUAGCUUAUUUCAAAAGAAAGCAAAAAGAAAAUAAGUCAUUUUUCUACACUAUUCAAGUUGGCGAUGACGACCGUAUUAUGAAUUGUUUCUGGUGCAAUGAUAAAUCUAGACUACAUUAUAGACUUUUUGGCGAUGUUGUUUGUUUUGGCACCACAUUUAAGACUAAUGGUUAUGACAUGCCAUUUGCACCAAUUGUUGGGGUGAACAAUCAUGGUCAGACUAUACUUCUCGGAUGUGCUUUACUAAAAAACGAGACUACAGAUUCAUUUGUAUGGUUGUUUGAAACAUUCCUAGAUGUAAUGGAAGGAAAAGAAAUGAAAACUAUAUUCACUGAUCAGGCAAGUCAGAUGGCUACAACAAUUAAACAGGUAUUUCUUAAUGCUCAUCAUCGUUUGUGUUUACGGCAUAUUUUUCAAAAUGCUUCCAAGCAUUUGUCAAAUAUAUUUGGUACUCAUAAAUCAUUUGCAAGUGAUUUUAGAAAAUGUAUUUAUGAUUACGAGACUGAGGAUGAGUUUUUGUUGGGCUGGGAGCAAUUACUUGAAACAUACGACUUAAAAGAUAACAAAUGGUUGAAUAACUUGUUCAAGUUACGUGACAAAUGGUCACAAGUAUACGGAAGAGAACAUUUUUGUGCUGGUAUGACAACCACUCAAAGAAGCGAGAGUAUUAAUAAUUACUUCAAGAAAUACUUUAAGAAGAAACAAACUCUUUCAGAAUUUGUGGUCCAGUCUAAUAAAAUAGUGGAUGCGCGGCGUGAAAAGGCUAGAAAAGCGGACCACAUAUCUGUGUCGACGCAACCAGACCUGACAUCAGUAUGGGAAGUAGAAAAAAAAGCGGCUGAAAUAUAUACUCGAAAUACUUUCAAUGAAUUCCAUUCGGAACUUCUGAGGCUCGUUGAUCUUUAUUUUGAACUCGAUACUGAUGACGGAACAACAAACAUAUAUAAAGUAUCAUCAUAUAUUGGAGAAAGGGAGCCUCGUACAGUACGUAUCACUUCCUCUAACCUUACAUUUCAGUUUAGCUGCAGAAAAUUUGAAUUUUCCGGUAUAUUAUGUGCUCAUAUCUUGAAAGUACUUCGCCAUUUAAAGUUAUUUGAUCUCCCAUCUCAUUAUUACCUAAAGAGGUGGACCAUAGAGGCGUCAAAUAUUAUUGUAGUAUUUGAUUCUCAGGGAAAUAACAUAAUGGUUGAUUGCGAUCCGUCGCUAUAUACACGUUAUAGUGAGUUGUCUCACUUAGCAUUAUCGGUAGCUAAAAGUGGUUGUGUAAAUGAGGAACUAAGUAUAGUUACAAAACAAGCGUUAUUGAGGGUUCUAGAAGAGAUUAAGUCUCACUCGACGACCCAGCCGAGUAGCAUGGAAGAUGUUUAUGAAAGGAAUUUGCUUGAAAGAGAUGACGAAGAUAUUCAACAAGUGAACAUAACUGUUAAAGAUCCCAUUCGGAAAAAAAAAAAAGAGGAGAGUCUUCCAAAAGACACAAGAGCGGUCCAUAGAAAGGAAAAAAAGGGAAAAAAACUCGCAAAGGUAUCACUUGUCAACUAUCCUGAAAUUUAA